AUUAAAGUGCUGCACUUCCGGCUUCUCUCCGAACCAGGAAAUAAACAAGUCGCUGGUCUGGUUUAAUUAACAGCCGGUGUCCUUUUAAAAUAGCAUUGGAUUAUAGCUAUUUGGCCAAAUUAUCCCCUGUCACCAUGGCCGGCUUCUUCAAGAAAAAGACAGUAGAUGAUGUGAUAAAGGAGCAGACCAAAGAGCUGAGAGGAACCCAGAGACAGAUCACCAGAGACAGAUCUUCCCUGGAGAAACAGGAAAAACAACUGGAGAUGGAGAUUAAGAAGAUGGCGAAGACGGGGAACAAGGAGGCGUGUACCAUCCUGGCCAAACAGCUGGUUCAGCUGAGGAGACAGAAGAACAGAAGCUACGCCGUCGGUUCAAAGGUCACCUCCAUGUCCUCUCAGACCAAACUCAUGAACUCUCAGAUGAAGAUGGCAGGGGCCAUGGCUACCACUACCAAAACUAUGCAGGCUGUCAAUAAGAAGAUGGACCCUCAGAAGAUGCAACAGACCAUGCAGAACUUCCAGAAGGAGAACAUGAAGAUGGAGAUGUCAGAGGAGCUGAUUAACGACACGCUGGACGAGAUCUUUGACGAGUCUGGAGACGAGGAGGAGUCUGAUAGCAUCGUUAACCAGGUUCUGGACGAGAUCGGCAUCGAGAUAUCAGGAAAGAUGGUGAACGCUCCUUCAACCAGCAGAAACAAACCCACCUCUUCUGCCACCAAAUCAGACGGCAUCUCAGACGAAGACAUCGAACGACAGCUCAAAGCCUUGGGAGUGGACUAACACACACACACACACACCCUGUGCCUGGACACACACACACACACACACACACCCUGUGCCUGGACACACACACACACACACACACACGACUCCCCCUGCUCAGUUUCUGACAUGCCUUUUCUGGGAUAUAGUGACACUAUUCUAUUUAUAUAUAUAUAUAUAUAUAUAGUCUAUAUGACUAUAGAUGGCACUUGAUGUAGUUGUAGAGGUCCUGCUGUGUAUUGGGUCUACGCAGUGGGCCACACAAGGAGAGUGAGUUUUGAAUAACAGGGCCACCACGUUCAGUAGCCUAACGCUGCAGAACGUUGCUGAUACAAUAAAAUGUAACGAAUAAGAGUCUCAUUCUACA